AUGGCCGACGAGCAACCGCCCCUGCCCGCCAACGCCGAGGACCGCAAGGCCGCUAGCGCCCUCGCCAACCUCGACGACGCCGCCCAGGAGGACGCCUCCUCCUCCUCCGCCCCCGUCGACAUGGCCGCCAUCAACAAGGCCACCAAGGGCAAUUCCGCCGCCGCGGCCAAGGACGCCGCGUACAAGAAUGUCAAGGUGGACGCGGCCGACGUCGCGCUGCUCGUCGAGGAGCUGGAGCUGCCGCGGGCGCGCGCGACGGAGCUGCUGAAGCGCCACGAGGGCGACGCCGUCCGUGCGAUGCGCGCGUACGUGACCGCUGCGUAA